CCCAGAUUUAAAUAGGUCAUCAUAUCAAAAGUUUGGAUUGAAAUGAAAAGUUAGUUAUUUCCGCUCGUCCGUCGAUACAAUUUUCACCAGCAAUUCCUGAGGACCAUUGCCGAGAAAGAUACUGCCGAAAACAAGAAAAAGUCCCCAAUCCAACCGAUUUUGGGUACGGAACAGAUCUCUUCUUCUCACUGCUCAUCUCUGUUCCUUCAAAGAAUCUUUCCGCUCUUCUCUGUUCCUUCAAAAGUCUUUGAUCUUUAUUCACGUAGUAUAUACAUAUCGGUAGUGACUAGCUAUGCAUGCGGAAACAGUACCAGUCUCUGGGCUGGAAAUAAACAUAAGUUUUGGCUAUAGACGCGAUUCUCUUGAUGAGAUUGAAAGUACUGAAAUUCCCCGCGGGAUCAAGCUUCGAAGAGCGGGUGAUUCCUUUUCCUGUCUUUCUGGAGCCGCUUUGAGUGCUAAUUCCACUUUGGUUAACACAAACAUCUGCAAUGGAUUGAUGGGGACAGAGAUCCUGCCGGCAUUGGAUUCCCCCAAAUCCUUCAGACGAAUACCUUCUUCAAGAUCUUUCUCCGGGUUGUUGUCAUCGUCCUUGCCGAGCAGCUUUUCAAGCCUCAGCCUUAACUCAUCAUCACCUGACUCCAAUAAUGACAGCUUCUUGAAUUCACCAGAAGUGCAAGUUGCAGGCGGUGCUGCUGGGGAAGACAGAGUCCAGGCCGUUCUUUCGGAAGAGAAUGGUUGGCUUUUCUGUGGCAUUUAUGACGGGUUUAAUGGUAGAGACGCUGCCGAUUUUCUAGCUGGAACAUUGUAUGAAAAAGUGAGGGAUUACUUGAACGUAUUGGAUUUUGAACUUGAGGAGUCUGUGGAUGAAACCCUAGAUAAACAAUCAAUUGGACAUUCCUCCAUGGAAUUGGAUGAACCAGGUGACUUAUUUAAGAAGAUGGUUUUGAAUAGCCUUCAGAAAGCUCUUAGUCAAGCCGAGAAUGAUUUCCUAUAUGUGGUUGAACAAGAAAUGGAGAACCGUCCUUACCUAGCAUCUGUAGGAUGUUGUGUUUUAUCCAUGCUUCUACAUGGGAAUAGUAUGUAUGUGCUGAAUCUAGGUGACAGUAGAGCAGUAUUGGCUACAUAUGAUGAAUGUGCUGAUAGAAAUGGACUACAAGUUGUCCAGCUCACACCAACUCAUACAGUUGAUAAUGAGUAUGAGAGAACUCUAUUAUUAAAUGAUCAUCCUGAUGAUCCCUCACCCAUUGUUGCAGGAAAAGUUAAGGGAAAACUAAAAGUUACUCGGGCUCUCGGUGUUGGUUAUCUGAAAAAGAAAAUCAUGAAUGAUGCUUUGAUGGGCAUUCUUAAAGUCCAGAAUUUGAUUAGUCCUCCGUACAUAUCUGCACAACCAUCUUUGUUUGCUCAUGAAAUUUCAAGUGCUGACCACUUUGUUAUACUUGGAAGUGACGGUUUGUUUGACUUCUUCACCAAUGAAGAGCUUGUCAAACUUGUUCAUUCUUACUUGCUAAGUAACCUUUGUGGUGAUCCUGCGAAGUUUUUGGUGGAACAGCUUGUAAUGAGAGCAGCAGAUUGUGCAGGUAUCAGCAUGGAAGAGAUGAUGAGUAUCCCGGAUGGUAUGAGGAGAAAAUAUCAUGAUGAUGUGACGGUAAUUGUAAUAAUUCUGGGAAUGGAACAGCUCAUAUCAAAGGCCUCAACACAGAUAUAAGUGCCAAAAAGCCAAAGUACCAAAUAAAAGAUUUGUCAUUUAGUAGUUUCACAUUAGUGAACAGUUCGUUUAUUGCAUUGGUCCAGUUUUUUAUUCAUUUUCUGGUAUUUGAUGCUCCUCAUGUACAUAGUAAACAGUUUGCUUCCACAUUGCUAGACAAUGCUGUCAUUUUCGUAAUUCUUUGAUAUGUUGUUAAUAUGGUUGCUUAUUUCUUUCACGUUCUCCAUAUCCUCAUACAAUAGGGACAGAAAUGAUGAAUCUUUUAUACGGAUUGAUAAAUAAUACGGAGUAGAAAAGUUGAGUUGUA